UAUGUGUGGUUAUCUGGUUGCAGGUCGCCUGGUCGGUGGUCGACUAAAAUAUCCUGAAAAUGAAAUCACCGAUAAUGUUGAAAACAGAAAGUGUACAGGACCUCCUGGAAAUCGUGGAAAAAAAGGACUACACGGAUUGCCAGGGUUUCCAGGACCUCAAGGAUUACCAGGUGCAGUAGGCCCCACUGGUCAGACUGGUGAAAAAGGAUAUCCAGGUCCGGAUGGUGAUAUAGGUUUACCUGGAGCAAAAGGAAUAAAAGGUGCACCUGGUCCUGAAGGUUUCUGUUUAAUUGUACACGGCGAAAAAGGUGAUUCAGGCUUAAAAGGAGAACCUGGUUUGACUGGAGGAAUGGGAAUAAAAGGUAAGCAAGGAAACAGAGGACCAAAAGGUGAACGGGGUUAUGAUGGCUUACCUGGUGAUCAAGGUACACAAGGAAUAACAGGGGAUAUUGGAUACCCCGGAAAAGAAGGAAGCGAAGGAGAAGUUGGAGACAAAGGUCAAAUUGGAGAACAAGGAUUAGUUGGAGUACCUGGAAUUAAAGGAGCAAAAGGAAUUGACGGUAUAGUUGGACCAAAAGGAUUCCAAGGUGUACAAGGUAUGGCUGGUAAUCCCGGUAUUCCCGGUAUUCAAGGAAAAAAUGGGUUAAAUGAAACAUUGGGUGCACAAGGAGAGAAAGGAUCUCCUGGAAAUAACGGCGAUGAUGGUUUGGAUGGUGUCAUGGGGGGAAAUGGAGAAAAAGGAAGUAAUGGAAAUAUUGGUCCACAAGGUGAUCAAGGUCCAACUGGACCAAAAGGUUUAAUGGGUCUACCAGGUAAAGACGGUGAUCAGGGUGAUAAAGGCGACGUAGGACUACCAGGACCAGACGGUAUUAAAGGAAGAGAUGGUAAAAAUGGAGCACCAGGAAAAAGAGGUAUUACAGGACAUCCGGGAAAUAAAGGUAUUGCUGGGAUUAAAGGGCAAAAAGGUUCAAAAGGUGUUCCUGGGUUAAAUGGAUUGCCCGGAUCCCCUGGAAUUGAUGGAAAAAAUGGUGUUGAUGGAGCAACCGGAACUGAAGGACCAAUGGGAGAUCAAGGUCCCAAAGGAGAUCGAGGUGAUGUUGGGAAACAAGGAAAAACUGGCUCCAACGGCAGAAAAGGUUAUCCUGGCUUGGAAGGUGACAUUGGUCCAAAAGGUCAAAGAGGAAAGAAGGGAGAAUGUGGAGAAAAAGGAAUCGUUGGAAGUGAUGGAGAGAUUGGAGAACCAGGUAGUGUAGGACCAGCAGGAAAUGAAGGUAAAAAAGGAAUGCCAGGUCCUACCGGACCCAAAGGUGAACCGUCAGAUAAAGGAUAUCCUGGUAUUAUCGGUGAUGUUGGAUCAAAAGGAUUAAAAGGUUUAACUGGAUUAAAGGGUGAACCAGGUAAAAAAGGAGACAAUGGAGAAAAAGGUCAUAUGGGAAUUCAAGGUGCUACUGGUGAACCUGGAAAAUCUGGAAUGCCAGGACUACCAGGAAAAAAUGGUAAACAAGGUGCAGAGGGACCAUCUGGAGAGCAAGGGUUAGUUGGAGAUCGUGGACAUCCAGGCAAUCCUGGAAUAAAAGGUGAAAUUGGUGUUCCAGGAUCUCAAGGUCAGACUGGAAAAAAAGGAAUUCCAGGGAAAUCUGGAAAUCCAGGAGAAAAAGGGGUACGAGGAAAACCUGGUGCAAUUGGACCUCAAGGACAUAGCGGUGAAAUUGGAGACAAUGGCAUUAACGGUAAAGAUGGAAAAAAUGGAAGAAAAGGUUUGCCUGGAGUUAAUGGUGACAAAGGAAAUCCUGGAAAACAGGGACCGUUUGGUGAAAACGGACCUCAAGGAAACACUGGAAUGCCAGGAUUAAUUGGAUUAGAUGGUAAUGGUGUUAUGGAUUGUACCAGUGCUGAAUCUACUUCAAACUCUGUUAGUUGUUUAAUUGGAUUUGUACCAACAUGCUGUACUUGUGCAGGAGAUGAAAAUAAACAAUGGAAAAUGUUUGAUAAUAGUUGCAAGUGCUUAGCAUCAUCAGCAAAUGCAUCAGCAAUAUGCUGCAGAUUUAAAGAAGUUAUAGGAGAACUAAGAAAACCUUACUCUUCUUUAUAUUCGUAAAACUUAAAUAGAUGUUCUUCCUUGGCUUACUUGAGCU